CGGCCGCCCGCGCCCGCGCCCCCGCGGCCCUCCGCGCCGGCCACUGGGCUCGCCGGACACGCUCUCUUCCAGGACGUUUUCCGCAGAGCAGACAAGAAUGAUGACGGUAAGCUCUCCUUUGAGGAAUUCCAGAAUUACUUUGCCGACGGGGUUCUCAGCCCAGGGGAGCUGCAGGAGCUGUUCAGCGGCAUUGAAGGGCACCCCACCGACAAUUUAGAGACGGAGAAACUGUGUGACUACUUUUCAAAGCACCUGGGUGUCUACCGGCCUGUGCUGGCUGCUCUGGAGGCACUGAACCGAGCUGUGCUCUCUGCCAUGGAUGCCACCAAGCUGGAAUAUGAGCAGGCCUCCAAGGUGGACCAGUUCGUGACACGCUUCCUGCUGCGGGAGACGGCCAGCCAGCUCCAGGCUCUGCAGAAUUCUCUGGAGGGGGCAUCAGACACCCUGGAGGCCCAGGCCCGUGGCCCAUCAUAUGCCAGGGCCAUGCCAGCCUGCAUGUCCAGAGAGUCAGGUGGAGAGCACAUGGAAGUGCAGUGGAGGCCCCGUGGCAGCCGGCGGGCAGGACGAAGGGCCCUGAGGAGUGUCAGCAGGUCACCCACCUGGUCUCCUGGCUCUUCUGACAUAGGGCAGAGCUCAGAGGCUUCGAUGCAGUGGCGGCUCCAGGUCAACCGUCUUCAGGAGCUCAUAGACCAGCUUGAGUGCAAGGCCCCCCGGCUGGAACCUCUGCAUGAAGAGGACCUCGCCAAGGGUCCUGACUCGCUCACUGGCCGCCCCUCUCGCCAGUACAUUCUCGUGGCCCAGCGGCAGGUGCAGGUGGCCGAAGCCGCCUUGCAGGACUUCCACCGAGCCCUUUGCUGCUACGUGGACUUCACAGAGGCCCAGAGCCAUUGUCUGCACGUGUCUGCCCAUCAGAUGUUGGACAACACCUCCUACGCCCUGUACGAGUUCUGGCAGGAUGAAGCCUCCUGGAGAAGGCACCAGCAGGCACCCUGCAGCAAGGCCUUCCAGCGCAUCCUCAUUGACCACCUGCGUGCCCCGGACACCCUCACCACCGUGUUCUUCCCAGUCUCCUGGUGGAUCAUGAACAACAACUGAGCCCGACCUGAUCACACCAAGGACCCGGAAGGCCCUACCUGUCUCCUGCACUGGUCACCUCAGCACCAAGAGCAAGGACCCUGCCGUCUCCUAGACCUGGGCCUGGCCAGCUGGGAGAGGGCUCAGCCCAGGGCUCAGGGACUGGGCUGCUUAUUUUUUUAUUAUCAGUGUGUCUUAUUGUUUGUAGCUGCAGCCUUCCAGGCAUCUGGUUUUCCACUGGCUCAGGAGGCCUGGACUUGGUCCCUUCUGCCCCUGCCUUGCUGUGUAACUAAGCAGGUCCCUUCCCGCUCUGGUUGGCUCGCAGUGUCCUGCUUUCUUCUUGCUGUCUGUCUCGGGGGGGCCAGGUUUCUGCUUUUCCCCAACCAGUGGCAGAAUAGGGCUGGUGCUUAGGGAUCCUCGGCCCCUUGAACCUUGACCCUGAGACUGGGCCAGAUCAGUCUGCAGUGUGGGUAAGGACCUGGGUGUCCCCAUCACCCUCCUGUGCCCAUCACCCCUCCUAGCACCCAUACUUCAUCAGAGAUCUCUGGAGAAUCUUGAGUUGGUUUGCAUGUCAUUUACAUAUCAUUUGCAUGCCCACACCCCACCCAUUCUCAGGGCACUGUGGGAAGCCCCAAGGUAACCUUGCCAAGUAGCAAUAAUUUGGGCCCAGAGUCACCUGCUGCCCCCAGAGACCUCUGCACCCGAGCGCAGGGCCAAUAAAGGCAGUGCUCACCUCUGG